AUGGGCAUUUCCGCUAAACGAUUGCUGCUCGCUUUGACAUUGACGGCGGUGGCCAUCGGCACCGCAAACAGCGAACAAUCAGCGCGCAUUGUCUGCUACUUCACUGACUGGGCUAUCAAUCGACCAGGAAUAGGACGUUACGUAUCCGAAAAUAUUCCAACUGAGCUGUGUACGCAUCUAAUCUACUCGUUCAUUGGAGUUAAUGACACCGAUUGGUCUGUACUAGUUCUGGAUAGCGAAGUGGAUGUCGACCAAAAUGGUUUCCGCAAUUUCACUGCACUGAAAGAGAAGAAUCCAAGCCUUAAGCUUGAAAUCUCUAUAGGAGGAUGGAAUGAGGGUGGUGCGAAAUAUUCCGAACUCGUUUCACUGGCCGAGCGGCGCCAGAGCUUCAUCAGCAGUGUUGUGGAAUUCUUAAAUGAAUACGGUUUCGAUGGUCUCGACUUGGAUUGGGAGUACCCCGGCGCUACGGAUCGUGAUGGAACUGCUGCAGAUAAAGAAAACUUUACUGUGUAUAAUCGCAAUGAAUGCAACAACAAAGCAGUAAAUGGACACAAACAUUACGGCAAUAAGCACAAGAAUGAGUAA